AUGACGUUCGCUGAGGAAUUCCGCUCGAGAAACUUCAGUAUCUACGGACAAUGGACGGGUGUUGUAUGCAUUGUCCUAUGCAUCGCCCUCGGCAUUGCCAACAUUUUUUCGUUCAACGCUGUUCGCAUCGUUUUCAGCAUCCUAUGCCUUGUUUCCGGUUUCAUCCUCGUUUUCAUCGAGGUUCCGUUUCUCCUCAGAAUUUGCCCUACGUCCGAAAAGUUCGACACAUUUAUUCGACGUUUCACCACUAACUGGAUGCGAGCUGCCAUGUAUACGGUCAUGAGUGCCUUGCAAUGGGUCAGUCUUGUCUCUGGUGCGUCGAGUUUGAUCGCUGCAGCCGUUCUCCUCCUUCUCGCCGCGCUCUUCUAUGCCCUAGCAGGCUUGAAGAGCCAGGAGUUUGUUGGAAGUAAGACCUUGGGUGGCCAAGGGCUUGCGCAAAUGAUUGUCUAA